AUGAAAAUGAUAUCAGCCUUUGAACCAAUUAUAAUUGCUCGAGCAUAUCGACGAGCACUAGAUGCAACUCAUAAAUUAGAUAAUAUUCAAAGACAUGUGAAAAAUUUUCGACCACAAAUAUUAAUUUUAACUGGGAAUCCAAUUUAUCGUCCAACAUUAGUUGAUCUUUGUUGGUUAGUUACUUAUGGACAUAGUUUAAUGAUAAUGUGGAAAUGUGAUUUUAAUAAAUUGCGACCAAAUGUCGUUGUUCUUGGUUUUAAAAAUGAUUGGUUAAUAAAAGCAGAGGCAGCUAUUGAUUAUUUUAAUAUAAUUCAUGAUGCAUUACAUCUUAAAUAUGGUAUUGGAAUUUUAAGAUUAAAAACUGGACUUGAUUUUAGUCAUUUUUUUGAGUCAGAUUCAGCUGAUGAUGAUAAUGAUGAUGAUAUCGAUGAUGAUGAGGAAUCAACAAUAUUUAACUCAUUAUAUACGAUUAUAAAUAAAAGUGCUUUAUUAAACAUGAAUAUUUUUCAUUCUAUACAAAUAUCAUCAGCUAUUAUUGAUGUUUGGUGGUUAUUUGAUGAUGAUGGUGGAUUGACUUUAUUAUUAUCUUAUUUAUUAAGAUGUCGUAGACGUUGA